UCAGAACCAGCUUCAGACACAUCUGCUCCAGAAGCAACCAAGAAGACCAGGGCUCCUGCACUUAUAUUACAGCCUGAACAGGAACAGGAAGUAGAUGACUGGUACAGGGAAAAUGAAUUCCUGUAUAAUUUUAGAAUGGCUGCAUACUAAAAUAGAGAUCAGAGAAGCAGAGUAGUUUUAGACAAGGCACAACAGUUGGGCAUCACAGCUGACCAGUUGACUACUUGGGUGAAGUCUAUGAGUGAUAGGGCUGGAAAACUUACCAAGAAGCUUCUGGGUCUGGGUCAGGAGCGCAGCCAAUGACAGACCGAGACAAGUGGAUACUGGAGAAUUUGGGCCAUAUCCAGAAUUUCAUGAAGAGGGUGGCUAGUGGUCCAGUACGGCUAGUAGUCGGUCCGCUGAUGUCGCAGUUUCUUCAUCUGCCAAUGACAGUGACAAGGAGGAUGGAGAUUCUGAAGCUGGGUCUAGCACAGUCUCGAAAAGGUCCACUAAUAAGAAGACAGCCACUGUCCAGUGUUCAUCAUCGCCCAGUGCAGCUGCUCUUAGUGAAUCGCCAGAGACAGCUUGGGCCUCCACGCGCUCCUUGGACCUACCAGCCGACUCUUGGCCCUCUGUGGGCGUACCAGCUGGCAGCUUCCUCGUCGUUCCAGCCAGCAGCUUCCAUGACCUUCCAGGCACCUGCAGGUCCUCCUCCGUCCUUCCAGCUUCCUGUAGAGCCUUCAUCGUUGCAGCGACCUGCUUCAUCACCCAGGCAGCUCUCCACCCCAGUAACAUCAUCUGAUGCUGGGGCAUCUCUAAUCUGUCAGGCGUUCCUACAGGCCAUCACACCUGUCCAGACAAGCACUCCCAGCACGCCUGAUGACACCUCUUUUACGACGCAGUUGAUUCGGGCACUUGGGCACGAUGAGAAUUCUGGUGAUGACAAAUAA